AUGAAGAGCAGUUCGAUUUUACCAAUGGCAGCAAGCGAUCCUCUGCCAAGAAUGGAAGAGAAGAUUUUCAAAGGCUCCGCCAUGACCAAACGCGGUGCUUAUGCUGCCAUUUCUUACAUGAUAUGUGCUGUUCUCUUGGUAUUAUUCAACAAAGCAGCUCUUUCUUCGUACAACUUCCCUUGUGCUAAUGUCAUCACCCUGUGUCAGAUGAUAUGUUCAUGUUGUUGGCUUUAUAUAUUGCAACGCUGGAAGCUUAUUUCUUUUAAUAGCAAUGAAUCCCCUGUCAUCAGUGAGAAUUCCAAAACAUUGAUACCGUUAAAGACGUUGAUUGACACAUCACCGCUUGCCUUCACCUAUUUGCUUUACAUGCUAGUUACCAUGGAGUCUGUUCGAGGCGUAAAUGUACCCAUGUACACAACCCUUAGGAGAACAACCGUUGUAUUUACAAUGAUCAUGGAAUAUGUCCUUGUGAGACAGAAAUAUACACGUCCUAUUCUAGGAAGUGUGGCUUUGAUUGUGCUGGGUGCUUUCAUCGCUGGAGCUCGGGAUUUAUCAUUUGACUCCUAUGGUUAUCUUGUCGUCUUCCUGUCCAACAUCUCCACAGCAAUAUAUCUCGCUACCAUAUCCCGCUUUGGAAAAUCCAGUGGUCUCAAUAGCUUUGGCCUCAUGUGGUGCAAUGGAAUUUUGUGUGGACCCAUUCUACUGCUGUGGACACUUUUUCGUGGCGACUUGGAGAUGACAAUGAAUUUCCCAUAUUUGCUUUCACCUGGCUUCCUGAUCGUAUUGCUUCUUUCCUGCAUACUGGCUUUCUUUCUAAAUUACAGUAUAUUCCUCAACACAACCCUGAAUUCGGCACUCACUCAGACAAUCUGCGGUAAUUUAAAGGAUCUUUUCACAAUUACACUAGGAUGGAUAAUAUUCGGUGGCCUCCCAUUUGACCUGUUGAAUGUCAUCGGGCAACUGCUAGGUUUCAUUGGAUCGGGAUUGUAUGCCUAUUACAAGCUCAUUGGAAAGUAA